AUGCACAAUGAACGUCGCAGUUUUAGAUCAAAUCUGGAUUCUAAUAUAGCAGAUACUAUUCGAGUAGUAGCCUGCAAACAAAAUCAAGACUUACGAAUUACUUUCGCUAAUGAUUAUGCGUGUUCAGACAGACCAAGACCUACCGGUAGCAAAGUGGCAUAUUCUGCUUCAGGCUCAGGAUUAAGAGAAACUAGUGGUCACAAAAUGCAUCGUCAGGCAGUUACUUCAGCCCACAAAGGACCUCAGCUGAAUAGAAACCAUGGAAAUGAUGCCACUUUUGUCGCAACUCCCCUGGAUUCACAUACUCAAGUCAGUUACGGAUCUGCUAACAGGCGUCCACUAAUUAAUAAAUCAGAAUUUGAUUAUCAAAAUAAUCGUCGUUCUAUACAUGGCAUGCAUUCCAUAAAUAAGGACCAAGAGCAAUAUAAUCGUGACUUGAUGACUCAGUAUGAAAUAAAUCGGGCCUUGUUUCUGGCUAAUCCACCUCCAUCCGUUUUAGCUAGUCGUAAUCGUGGUCGCGGUAAUAAUAGUAAUAAAGUAAAUGAUAGCCGUCGAAUAGAUAUACAAAAACAUUCUUUAAAUCAACCUGUACUAAAUGGAUCACGUAUGGAUCGUUCAACAGUUUUUCGGUCGACAUUAGAUCAGCAGCGUAGUGUUUUUCCCUUGAAAUCAAUCAAAGAGCGUGGAUUUUACAAUCUAGAUUCUGAACAUGACGGUCGGGAAGCCUUGUCCAAAAAUUCUCGUGGCCUUACGCGACAUUCGCGAGUUCAUUUUCAAAAUAAUUUUCAUCGUGGACAAGGUUUAAGACAGUACUGGGGUCAUGAUGAUAGAUUUGAAAAUCACGAGAAUACUCCAGGACUUCGUGUUCAAAAUUCUUUUCACAAUGGAGAUUCUAAAAUUCGUCAUCAUUCUGGUGAUGAAUAUAUUGAUGAUUUAACACCAGAGGAUAUUGCGAAGUACAAACUAGAAAUCAAUAUGGAUAAACAACCACGCUCUCUACAUCAUCAUUAUCAACAUCAACACCGACCAAAUCAUCAUUACUACAAUCCUCCCAAUAAUCGUUAUUAUCCACCUCAUCAUAAACAACCUCAAAAGAAUUAUUCGAAUGCUCAUUACACACAAUUAUAUAAUUCAUCUAGGAAAGAGCCAGUUCGUUCAAAUAAUAAAAUACGAGGUUCAUACAGCAGCGGAUACAAUACUAAGCAAUAUCAAACUGACGAGAAAAACAAGCCUAGGUGUUCCACAAACAAUGAUAAAAUUCCAGUGAGUGGGAUGAAUAUUAGUGAAGACAAUCAAGUUGGUACUGAUGAGCCGAUUCAAACAAACGAUCCUACUGAGGAUUCCCCAUAUUUUGAGCUCGACUUUGCUAGCGGAAUUUUCGACGUACAAAUUCACGAGCGAGCUAGAUCCUUUUUAACUCUAGGUAUCGAUGACAGUGAGCUUUCUCAAAGUGAUUGCUACACAAAUAUAUCUGAAUUACAUACGCAUGGAAUGCAUCGAAGUCACUCUCUUCCGUCACUUAGAGACUUGGAAAGAAAUUACCAGCCACAUUCAUUUGAGGACUGUACAACACCGACGAUCAGCCUUAAUACUGAAGGAGUUGCAGAUUUAUCAACGGAAGUUAAUGCAGUAACUACCUCAGUAGAAAAGACAAAUAUAAAAUCUGACAAUAACGUAAAUAUAUCGAGUGAAAAUGUUUGCGGUAGUGAUGUAGCACAAUAAUGCAAUAAUCUGGAGAACGAAAACCGACAAUAACGCAAUGAUCUCCCAAAAAUGUAAUGUUUGGAUCACUAACAGUCAAAUGUAUAGCCUCAUUGUUUCUCUUUACCUCUUCUUAGAUUUUUUACUUGUGUGACUUCGAACAUGUUUUUACUCACUGAUUGUUAUGACAUCACCUUAACUGCAAUGAGAUACUUCACUCGCUCCUUUGUGAUUAUG